CCAACUGGAACUAGCAAAAUCCGUGAGGCACCCAUAACCAAGGCCAUGGCAUCUCUCGCAACCUUAGCCGCUGUCCAACCGAUCACCGUCAAGGGCCUUGCCGGCAGCUCCUUCACGGGAACCAAGCUCUAUGUCAAGCCCGCCCGUCAGAGUUUCAAACCUAAAAAGUAUAGGGCUGGUGCUGUGGUUGCAAAAUAUGGGGACAAGAGUGUGUAUUUUGAUUUGGAGGAUUUGGGCAACACCACUGGGCAGUGGGAUUUGUAUGGAUCUGAUGCUCCCUCACCAUACAACUCUCUCCAGAGCAAGUUCUUUGAGACAUUUGCAGCUCCAUUCACCAAAAGAGGGUUAUUGCUCAAGUUCCUGAUCUUGGGAGGUGGUUCCCUCCUCCUCUAUGUUAGUGCCACAGCCUCAGAUGACCUCCUUCCAAUCAAGAAGGGGCCACAACUUCCACCAAAGCUCGGACCACGUGACAAGAUCUAAAUUUCGUCAGACCUUCCACUUAGCUUUCCACUGUAUGUAUCUGUUACUCUGGAAACUUGUGUAACUCUGUCUAAGUCCUACUCAUAACUUCUUUCUUAUCAAACCAAUGAAAUUCUUUUUCGAGU